UUUUCUGUAGUAUAUGAAAUAAAAUAGUUUUACAUAUAACAACAUUUAAUGAAAUUUAUUUUAAAAUUUUAACAUAAAUCAGUUUAAAAUAUGAAGUAUAACAUAUUUCGUAUUGUAAAUGUUCAGUUUAUACAAAAACGAUUCAUCAAAAAAAUUCAAGUAAGAGUUAGAUUUGCUCCUAGUCCAACUGGUUUAUUACAUGUAGGAAGUUUAAGAACUGCGUUAUAUAAUUAUUUAUUUGCUCGUGCUAAUAAUGGUACAUUUAUCUUACGAAUUGAGGAUACAGAUCAAACUAGAUGUAUACCUGAAACUAUAGAAAAAAUACAAAAUGAUUUAUUAUGGUCUGGAAUUAUACCUGAUGAGGAUCCAAUAAGAGGAGGACCUACAGGACCUUACAUACAAUCGAAACGACUUGAAAUAUAUAAAGAACAAGUGCUUAAGCUCAUAGACAAUCAAUCUGCAUAUUACUGUUUCUGUACAGAAAAUAGAUUGCAGUUAUUGCGAAAAGAAGCAAUAAGAAAUGGACAAGUGCCAAGAUAUGAUAAUAGAUGUAGAAAUUUAAGUAAUAAUGAAAUAAAAGUAAAACUUGAUAAUGGAGAUCCUUUUUGUAUUAGAUUUAAGUUAUCUUCUGAAAUAAAAUAUUUUAAUGAUUUAAUAUAUGGUAAAAUAGAAAAUGAUAUCACAAAAAGAGAAGGAGAUCCAAUUAUUAUUAAAACAGAUGGUUAUCCAACUUAUCAUUUUGCAAAUGUCGUUGAUGAUCAUUUUAUGGAAAUAUCUCAUGUAUUACGAGGAAUUGAGUGGCAAGUAUCUACACCUAAGCAUAUAAUGAUGUAUAAAGCAUUUAAUUGGACUCCACCUAUAUAUGGACAUUUACCUUUAAUAUUAAAUUUUGAUGGAACUAAAUUAUCAAAAAGACAAAAUGACAUAAAUAUAGAAUCUUUUAGAAAAGAAGGAAUCUUUCCAUUAGCAAUGUUAAAUUAUAUUAUUCAUGCUGGUGGUGGUUUUGAUAAUAAAGAAGGUGUUCAUUAUAUUGAUAGUUAUGAAGAAUUAAUUAAACAAUUUAAUAUUUCUAAGAUAAAAACAAAUUCUAAUAAACUUUCACCUCCAAGAUUAUUAGAGUUUAAUAAGCUAGAAAUAACAAAAUUAUUAGCAAAUGAAAAAAACAAUAAAUUUUUAAUUGAAAGAAUCAAAAAAUUAGUUAUGGAAACAUUUUCAAAUAGGCAAAUUGAUGAAAGUUUACAAUUAGAUGAACAUCAUAUUAUUUCUAUAUUAAAAUGGGCACAGAAUAGAAUAUCAAAAUUAAAUGAUCUUGUAUCUCCAAAUUUAAGCUUUUUAUGGAUUGUACCAACUAAACCAUUAGAUACUACUUAUUUAGAAUAUUUAGAUACACUUAAAAAUAAAAAAAAAUUGGAUGAAAUUGAUAUUCAAAAUUAUAAUAAUAUAUGGAUAAAUAAUUAUCUAAAAAAAUUUGCUAAUGAACAUAAAAUUCCUUAUCCAACAUUAAUGAAACUUUUACGUUUUAUACUUAGUGGUUUAAAAGAAGGUCCACCUGUAGCUGAAAUGAUGGAAAUUUUAGGAAAACAUUCUACACUAUUAAGAAUAAAACGCUAUAUUUCUUAAAAAUAAAAUUAUGAUCAAAAUUUAAAAAAAAAA